GACACUUUGGAUAGUGUCAAAGCGCAAUUUGGCAGGAGCUCCCUGGCCGGAUAUAUAGGGGCGUCUGACUCAACUCUGGCAUCACUCUCAAUCGCAAAUUCUCAGAUGACUUAAUCAGGAAACUAUCAUCAGAAAUAAUGGAAAAUAUCAUCGGUCAUUGUGGAUUAACUGGCGGAGUUACCGGAAGAAUUUUUGUUCAACAGCCAGCUAAUUUGUGGAGACCUUGGGUUGGCAAAGCGGACAGAGAACGCAGGGUCACGGAAAACACGCCUUACACAAAGCCCAUUGGAGGAUUUCCAGACACCAAAUACUGCAAGAGUCCACAGAUCACACACCCAGUAAAGUUGUUUUGGCCCAAAUCGAGAUGCUUCGAUUAUCUGUACCAGGACGCAGAGAUGCUUCUGCGCACCUAUCCAGUGCAAGCAACCAUCUGCCUCUAUGAAGACUCGAGCAGUAAUGAUGACGAGGAGAGCUUUAGUGACAAUGACGAGGAAGAGUAGAGCGUGAAGGAGCUGAAUUUCAAAAUACCUCUCUCCCCAAUGUAAAAAGCUGAAUGUAUAUUUUUUUUAUAUGAAAUGCUAAACUAAUAUAUUUCGCAUAAUUAUUUUGUGUAAAUAUCUGUAAAUAUGCCAUAUUAAUAACGAAUGUAAGCAGUAGGACUACUUUUUUAAAUUUAUAUUUCAUAUUGGCCUAUCUUUAUUUAAAUUUGUAUCCAAUGGUGGAAGUUGUAAUAAACC